GCAACAUCAGCUCCCUCACUCAUUUCUUCGCCAAAGCCAUGGCAACGUCCGUGCUCCAUUCCGUCGAGCUUCUGCGAUGUAUAUGUAUAUACCAAUUGGGUAUACAUCACGACAUGAUCCCUUUCUGCCAACUCAAGCCGCGGGUCGAAAGCUAUACCAUCUACCCCUCGGAAUUCGAGGAAGUGGACGUCGUUCUCACUCGAUGGUACGCGCAUCAUGGCAUCGGCCGAUUGAAUGUGCUUCUGCAGUGCAUGGAGCGCAUGCGUUUGGUGGUGUUUGUGCAUGCAGUGCUGUAUGGACGGCAAGACGUCCUGGACAUUAUACAUGACCGGCUGCAGUUUGUGCACUUGGACCAGAACGCCGAGGCUUGCGGCAAGCCAAAGCUCGUGUACAAAUGGAAGGACUCGUUCGUGCUGGCGGCGCAUCACGGACACGUGCAGUCGCUGCAAUACCUUCACAAGAACCACUUCAAACGCACGAGCGACACGAGCGUGUGGUUCGUCGCGGCCGCGAAUGGCCACGUGGGCAUUCUCAAGUACCUCCACGACCACGACGUGGAAGGAUGGCGGCACUCGAUCAUGGAGGAAGCGAUCAAGCACGGGCAACUGGAGGUCGUCCGGUGGAUCUACGACAACAAGUCGGACAUGCAGUCGUUGGCGGUGGUCAACCAGGCCCUCGGGGUGGCCUUGGAACAUCGCCAGUUGGGCGUGGCCAAGUACCUCAACCAGCUCUGGCAUGCCAAGAUGCAUCGGUAGUUAGCUCUUGGUGUAUUCCCAACGAGUUCGACGUAUAAUUGGACUUGUAUUUAUGCGACCACCAUUCACCACG